UCGACAGCGACGACGGCCCAUCACGAAACAGACGAGUUUAGAAAAUCGCCCAAGAUGGUCUACGUACGUCAGGAGCAGCUCCCGGCGCUCAAGCAGUACAAGUACUCUGGGGUCGACCACUCGCUGCUGUCCAAAUACGUCCUCAAGCCAUUUUACACCAAUGUCGUCAUCAAAAUCUUCCCCAUGUCUAUGGCACCCAACCUCAUCACCCUGACCGGAUUUACAUUUGUCGUCGCGAACCUUCUCACCCUGCUGUGGUACAACCCCACUCUCGACCAGGACUGCCCACCUUGGGUCUACUACAGCUGGGCGCUCGGCUUGUUCUUGUACCAGACGUUUGAUGCCGUCGACGGCACGCAGGCACGUCGUACCCACCAAUCCGGACCGCUCGGCGAGCUCUUUGACCAUGGUGUUGACGCGGUCAACACUUCUCUCGAGGUCCUACUCUUUGCCGGUAGUCAGAACAUGGGCCAGAGCUGGUACACUGUUGCUGUGCUCUUUUCAUCCCUCUUGACUUUCUACGUCCAAACCUGGGACGAGUACCACACCAAGACCCUGACGCUCGGAGUCAUCAACGGGCCCGUCGAGGGCAUCCUGACCAUCGUCUUUGUCUUCAUCCUCACAGGCUACUUCGGCGGCGCCUCGUUCUGGCAGCAACCCAUGCUCCCGACCCUCGGCGUCCCAUUCUUCGACUUCCUCCCCAGCUUCCUGUACAAGCUCUCCUUCACGCAGGUCUGGCUGGUACUGGGCACGCAGGUCUUGGUCUACAACACGGUCGAGUCGUGCCGCAACGUGAUCAAGGCCCGUCGCGCGCAGGGCGACCGCUCCCGCUACGCGCUCGUCGGCCUACUCCCCUUCUUCGGCACCUGGGCGUGCAUCCUGGCGUACUUGUACCUGCAGCCCAACAUCAGGCAGGGCCACCUGGUCCCGUUCGCGCUCUUUGCCGGCAUCGUCAACGCCUACUCGGUCGGUCAGAUCAUCACGGCCCACCUGGUCCACCUUAAGUUCCCCUACACCAACGUCCUGACACUGCCCCUGGCCUGGGGUGUCGUCGACUCCCUCGGCCCUUGGCUGCAGUCCACCUUUGGCUUCGGCUGGCCAUCGGCUCUUGGCGACGGCGUCUACCAGGUGGCCUUUAUGUUCUGCCUGCUCGGCAUGGCCAUUGGUGUCUAUGGCAGCUUCGUCGUCGAUGUCAUCGUCACCAUCUGCGACUACCUCGACAUUUGGUGCUUGACCAUCAAGCACCCUUAUGUCGAGGGGCAGGAGAAUGACAAGAAGACGAAAUAA